AGAAUUUCUGGUGGGGGCAACGGGGUAGUUCGAGAAAAAUGACAUGACUUUCAUGGGAUACAUUGUGUUUACCCAAAUCACAAGGGGGUUGGGUUUUCGGAAUUUCUCUGCUUUCAAUGAUGCCCUUCUUGCUAAGCAGAGCCUAUUGUCUGUGAGAAGUCUAGUGCAAGAAGGGCUUCGGUGGCGGAUUGGGGACGGUUUUUCAGUGGGUAUUUCGGCUGAUAGGUGGCUUUCAAAACCACUUUUGUUUGAUAGGGAUGUUGAGAUUGCUGGAUUUAAUGUAUGUUCUAGAGUUCAGUCUCUGUUUGAUCCCCAAACGAACUGGUGGAAUAUACAAUUGGUGCAGUCUAUUUUCAUUCAUGAAUGCAAGUUUUGAGCAUCCUGUCCAGCUUUCUAUUCGGGCUCACAAUAUGGCCUUCGGCUUUUAUUGUAGCACAGAGAAGUCAUAUUUCUGGUCAGCAUAAUUCUGGUAGUAUGGAAACAGGUUCUCUCCAUUCUCAAUCUUUGUGGCAGCCUCCGAGGAGAGGAUUGGUUAAAAUAAAUUGUGAUGCAUCUAUUCAUCCUUAGCAACAUAAGACCGGGUUUGGUGUAAUUAUUCGUGACGCGGAUGGGCGAUUUCUUGCUGCUUCUACUUUAACUCGUCCGGUUGACCUUGAAGUGGUUUUGGUUGAAGCAGAUUGGGGUACAAGAAGACUGAGAUGGAGGGGGAUUCAAAGAUUUUAAUUGAAGCUUUACAAGAGAAUUCUUGUCAUCUUGAAUGUUAGAGGACUGUCGUAGCAGGGAUGUUACAAAUUCUGAGGUCUGCCAAGGUAUGGCCUGUUGCUCAUGUGGGAAGAUCCUCAAAUCAAUGU